ACGUUGACAGUUGAGUGCUGUUCACGGUCAGUGAUACAUCUAAUUGCCGCUAUGGGACCACUGGAGUGGAAACUUUUACAUAAUUGAGUAUGCAGAUUUAAAACACAUUGUAAACAAAUCUAACCGAGGAAUGAGAUCAGUAACGUAACGUCGACACGGAGUUACGUUGUGUAGGUGUCGCUCGUUUGACAUUGUUGAAGUAUGUUUUGGAACUAAACCGAGGAUUAGAAGAAGAAUAAUUAAAAUGAAGAAUUAUGUGAUAGUUUUCAUCAUUUUUGUCUUGUGUUGCGGUGUUAGCGCUAGGAUUAGACACUACUAUAUCGCAGCUGUAGAACAAGAGUGGGACUACGCUCCGUCAGGAAGGGAUCUCGUAUUUAACCAUCAAAGCGAAGCAGACCUCCGUAUCAAGACACAGAAAGACAGAAUCGGCAGCAAAUAUGUGAAAUUGGUUUAUAAGCAGUACACAGACGCUACCUUCUCACAGGAAUCAUUAAAACCCGCGUACCAAGGCUAUGUUGGACCGACAUUAAAGGGUGAAGUAGGGGAUAUGAUCUACGUAACAUUUAGAAAUGCCAUUAAACGAAAAAAGAUAAACUUAAGUGUUCAUCCGCACGGGUUAUUCUACUCGAAAAUGCACGAAGGUGCGCUGUAUUUAGACGGAGAAAGCACUACGGCCAAGGUUGAUGACUCCGUACCGCCAGGUGGAUCUCAUAUAUAUGCCUGGAACAUUACAGAGAAUUUCGCACCUACAGUGUCUGAUGAUAAAUGUAUACCAUGGGGUUAUCAUUCACAUGUGGACUCUAUGACAGACAUUGAAACCGGACUUGUUGGGGUGCUCGUCACUUGUAAACCAGGAACGUUAACUCCGGAUGGACGGAGGAUGGAUGUAGCGCAGGAGAUUGUUUUGUAUACAGAGGUUACUGACGAAAGUUCAAGCCACUAUGCCGAUGUCAAUCUCCGGCGGUGUCUAAAUCCUCGCGUCUGUCGGAAUCUUCUGAGAAGAAAAGAUGAAAGAUUCAUCGAAAGCAAUAAGAUGUAUCAUAUAAAUGGCUAUGUAUACGGAAACUUGCCGGGCCUCGAAGUUUGCGAAGGUGACGAUGUAGCAAUAUAUACGUUCGCUCUUGCUAAUGGAAUACACACAAUGCAGAUUUACGGCCAGACGUUCAUAGUAAAGAACCACAGAAUGGAUGCGGUGUCAAUUUAUCCAGCUUCUUUUAUGACCGUAAAUACAGUACCGAUCAAUGUUGGAACAUGGUUGCUAGUGUGUAGGAAUAACGACCAUCUUCACGACGGUAUGACGGCAUUUUUCAAAGUGAAGCAGUGCGCCGUUGACGCAUUACCCGAUACACCGCCGGGAAAGAGGAAGCGGUAUUUUAUCGCCGCCGAGGAGGUGAACUGGAAUUAUAUGCCAGGGGGUAAAGACCUUUAUACUUCAGGAAAAAUUGAAAUGGACCAUGGAUUUUCAAGUAAUUCUCACCAUCACAUGCACCAUGGAGAACACCAUGACGCUCUAGGAAACACAUAUAAGAAAGCGGUUUUUGUUGAAUAUGAGGACGAAUUUUUCAGAAGAAUGAAGCCAAGACCUUUAGAUGAAGAACAUUUACACAUGCUGGGACCACCAAUAAAAGUUGAAAUAGGAGAUGAGGUUGAGGUAGUGUUUAUGAAUAAAGCCUCGAGACCUUAUUCCUUCCUUCCGCACGGUGUCGGGAUUGACAAGUCACAGGAGGGCUCCGUAUACUAUACCAGAAACAGUGUAGACGUACCAUACGGCCUGAUAACCCAGCCAAGACAGGUUACAAAGUACCACUUUACAGUACCCUGGACCGCAGCACCUACUGCAGACGAUCCAAACUGUCUUUCUUACACAUAUCAUUCCGCGGUAGAUAUGCGGAAGGACACAAACACAGGUUUAGUCGGUCCAUUGCUCGUCUGCAAGCCAGGUUCUCUGGACGAUAAAGGAAAACAAAUUCAUGUGAACAAAGAAAUAUUCGUCUUGUUUCAAGUGGUAGAUGAGAACCUAUCCUGGUAUAUCGACGAGAGUAUAAAAGAAUUUUCUCCAGAUAAAGCCCUGCUGAAUAAAAAUGAUGAGGCCUUUAAGCACGGGAAUCUUAUACAUGCGAUCAAUGGGCGUAUAUACGGAACGCUGAAUGGAAUAGACAUGUGUUUAGGAGAUCGAGUGUCUUGGCAUUUUCUCGGUGUUGGUUCAAGCAAGGACUUACAUGGUAUAGCACUCGAAGGCAACUCUAUGGCCGUGAAUGGACGAACCCUUGACUCGAAAGUCAUCAUCCCGGGCCUCGGGUUUACAGGUUACAUGCAUCCGGACAAUGUCGGAAAGUGGGCCCUGUACUGCCACACCCAUCACCACUUGAUGGCAGGUAUGACAUCCAUGUACAGUGUUAAUGUGUGCCAGGGACCACAGAGCCUCCCGGUGGUACCUAUGAAACCUUCCGGCGGAUGCCGUCGGUAUUAUAUUGCAGCUGUAGAGAUUGAGUGGAACUACGCUCCGUCAGGAAUCGACAAAAUUAUUGGAAAACCUCUCACAGACGAUUCAGCAAAGUCUUACUUGUUUACAAGACGUGACAGGGGCUUUAUGGGAACUGUGUACAAAAAAGCUGUCUACCGGGAAUUUACCGACGAUACUUUCAAAUAUGAGAAAAAACGCGGUUACAGAGAGAUCCAUCUUGGGCUCCUCGGACCCUUUAUACGCGCAGAGGUUGGAGAUGUCAUCGAAGUUGUGUUUAUGAAUAAGGCCUCCCAUCCAUUCUCUAUAAAACCGCAUGGUGUGUUUACAAACAAACGAAAUGAGGGAAUGAAAUAUAAUGACGGAUUAAAUUACACGGAAGAUAGCGAGGUGCAACCUGGCAAAGUGUUUACGUAUAGAUGGACAGUUCCGCAGAGGGCUGGUCCCGGGCCUAAUGAGCCAAACUGCAUCGGGUGGAUGUAUCAUUCGGGUACCAAUAUGAUAAGAGACACGCCUACUGGGCUUUUCGGACCCUUAGUAACAUGUCGAAGGGGUGUUUUAGACCCAAAGAAUCAACGUUUGGAUCAACAUUCGAGGGAAUUUGCAAUGGCGUAUUACAUAAUAAACGAAAACAGGAGUUGGUAUAUUCGAGAAAACAUGCAGAGGGUGAAAGAAAUAGCACCACACCAGAAAUUCGAGGAAAGCAACUUGAUGAGCAGUAUAAACGGUUACAUUCUCGGGAAUACACCUGGUAUGGUUAUGGAGAAUAACGAACAUGUCACGUGGUAUGUUAUGGGUUUCGGGUCUGAGGACGACUAUCAUACAGUUCAUUUCCACGGACAGACGUACGUACACAGAACAGCCAAAUCUCAUCGAGGUGAUGUACUUGAAGUUUUUCCAGGAACAUACGAAACUGUGGACAUGUACACAGAUAAUCCGGGCACUUGGCUAAUACAUUGUCAUGUGAUGGAACAUCUAGUGCAUGGAAUGGAAGCCAAGUUCGCCGUGGUUCCAAAGGGAGCGCUGAAACCUCUUGAGGACGCCGAAAGGAACAAAACACUUCCAAUAGUACUUCAUAAACUUCCGGUGGUUUCCCAAACAUCCACUGCAGCAUACUCGAGUAAAAAGAAAGCCAAGAAAGGUCCACCACGAAAAGCUACAGUGUUAAUUAUUCCGCCAAAAGUAAGAAGUGACUUGCCAAUCAUUGCUAAUAAUGUUAAUCAAGUUUCACAUCCAUCAUCCAUUCAGACACAAACUGGAAAUGUAAUAAAUGCGCGCGCAGACCAGAAAGGUGUAACAUCCGGUGGACCUAAGAAUCAUGUUUUGGCCAAUGAAGAACUGAUGGGCCUUCGCAAAAACGGAAUAUUACCUGGUCGUUGGCAGAUUUUAACUCGACCAAAUUCACAGAACAGAACCAGACGAAAAAAAUAAAUUGGCAGUGGAUUUAAAAGCUGCGUUGAUAGUUAUUUAUUUUGUGAAGAAAAAUGCAUAAUAUUCAAUAAAUGUUUGGUUUGGCAUUUUGUAAAUGGCAGUUGUUCCCCUUUAAUGUUGCUGCUCGUAAACAAGCUUCUAGUAUAUCUUUACUUUAUAAGCAAUAGAGAUGCAUUUUACCACGUUUUGAGUAGGUAAAUUAGGAGAGUAAAACUGCACGAAAGAAACAGACCACUCAUAUAUGCUAUAGGGUUAUUAAUAGUUAAUUUUUUGCCACCAAUCUCCAUUCCUUCUUUUCAGUGGGGAUGGGGGAGGGGGUCACUUAGAUUUGCCUUUGUCCGUACGUCCGUCCGUCCAGAUGUCCGAAUUUGUGUCGUGAAUAUCUUAAAAAGUGUUUGAUUUAGAGUCAUAAAAAUCCUAAGAUUUUUAUUAAGCAUGUGUGAAGUACACCUAGGAUUUUGUUCGGGAUUUCACGCAGUAAUAACAGAGUUAUGGUUGUUGACAAAGUAAAUCAAAGUACUGAAAGUAUUGAAAGGCUGGCUACCACAAAACACUGAAUGAAAACUGUGCGGGAAAGAUGUUUGCAAAAUCUUAGAUAUUAUGUGUUUUCCAUAUUAAACUAAGGCGAGCAUAGGGUAUUGUUGUGAUCUUGAUUAACUUGUGCAUCCAAGUUAAAGUUCAAUCGAGAAACCUAGUUUAUCGGACGUAAACAUGGGUCCAAGAGAGUAAACUAUAGUUUAAGCCCAUUAUACUGUGUAUUCGAUCGAAAAUUUAUGUUAGUAUUCAAUAAUCAUAGUUUUUCGACAAAGAAUGUAAUUGUUGGAUAAUUUGAUUGCCGAGAACCAUUGUAUAUGGACGUGAACCUAUGUUUACGACCAUGAACUUGGGUUUACGAGCGUGAACUAUAGUUUAUGAACGUGAACGUAGGUUUAAGUUCGAAAAACUUGGUUUCUCGAACAAAACUAUGGUUUUUGGUCAUUAUCCUAUGUUCACCAGCGUUAACCUAUGUUUACGGUUGUAAACUCAUGUUCACGGUCGUAAACCUAAGUUCUCGAUCGUUAACAUAUGUUCACGUUCGUAAGCUAUGGUUUACACCCGAGAACCCUGGUUUACUUCCGUAAACAUAGGUUCACGCUCGUGAACUUAAAAUAACGGCCGAAAUUCAAAGUUCAAUUAAUAAACCUAGUUGAAACCUAGGUUCACAGGCGUGUUUUCGCCCGAAAAUAUGGGUAUUAGAAAAACCUGGUUUUACGCUCGAAAACCCUUGUUUAUCUGUAAUUAUUAAUUCUACUUUUUUACCGUAAACCUGGGUUAACGUUAUUAUUGGACAAUUGGCGUGCCAUAACCGUUUAUAUAUGUUUCUUACGAAGCGAUAAUAAACAUUGAGGGACAUAAUGUCAGAUAAAAUAUAAAGGUAACAAACACAACAUCUAUAUUUCGAUAUGCAAUCCCCCACCCAACACACACAUUAUGUGUGAAUGUAUGAACAUUGAUCAAAUGGGGCGAUUUUCUUGUCGGUACGAGGGAAAUUUUGGGCUCGAACCCCGCUAUAAACCGGACUGUUAAUGAUUAUUGUCUAGUCAUGUUGCUUCCUUAAUACGAUGGUUAGGAAAAUUGACGUACCCGUACUAAUGUAUUUUUUUUGAAGAGUAAUUAAUUCCCACCAUGAGAUUACUUUAAGGUAUAGGUCCAUGUUUCGAUAAAAAACACGAACGUCAUCAAAUCAUAGAAAGAAAGCAUUGUUUUACAUGAAAAUUUAACAGCAUAUAAAACAUUUAUAUUAUUCUAUAAAACCAUUGUCAAUUUACUGAUAUAUGUAUUGAAUUCCGGAAAGGGACUGCAUGAAGAGGCCACACUUCUGGACAGUUCAGCGCCUUUAAAAACUCACCAUUUUUUAAAAGCUGUUACAUGUCUUCGUUUUGAUGCAUUUGCAACAUCGUGCGAGUAUUUAAACUUUACAUAACUAGGUAAAACAUUGUUUUUGACAAUUGUUUACAUUCAUUUCUUUACAAAUGGCAUUCUUAUUUAAAGGGGGACAACUCAUUUAGAAUAUUUUAAGUAUCAAACUCUGCGGGACAGAACAGUAAAACAUGUAUUGGACAGAUAAGUUGUGUGUCAAGAUGCUGUUCAUUUACUAAACAAAUCUGUUGUUUUGUGCUUAACUAAUUUUUCAGGAGGGCGUAGGUUCAAACCCUACUAGGACCAAACUUUGUUCAUUAUUUUUCUUUUUUCGAGUAAGAUAAACUGUUGUUUUUUAAGACAUAUUAUCAUUGAUCUGUCGUACAAAAGCGGAAAUGUUUUAUUUGAUUAGCUAUUUCUUUGUCAUUUCUUGCUGUUUCAAAUGAAUUUGACCUGAAGGGUGAAUGUUUAGACAUCUUUGAAAAAUACUUAAUUACAUUUGUAAACGUUUUUGAUUUUGCAUUUAUUUUUACAAAGUUUUGAAUAAAUGUAGGUAGGUAGGUUUUACUUCUGCCCUAUGGUUCUUUAUGAAUGCAUAGAGCAAGGCCAUAAUUUUCAAAAGUUGGAGCUUUAUUUCUUUCCGAUUAAAUCCUUUUACUCGAGGCUCCUCAGAAAAAAAUUGUUAUCGCCAAUUUUAUUUUGUGUUUUAUAAUUGUUACGCAAUAUUUUGAGGUUUCAUUUAGAAAAAUAUUUGGUAAAAUGAAUUCUCUGUGAUCGUUUUGCACAAUGGCUAUCACUUUGAAAUUUGUCUCUGUUUCAGCUGGAGGAAAAAAAGACAUAACAUAACAAAUUAACAAAUAAAAAACAAACAAACAAACAAAAACGACACGGUAAAAGUCAUUUAAAGAUGAAUCACAGUGCGAAAUAUGUUAACUUCAGAACUGUAUCAAGUUAGUGCAAUUGUUAAACAUUACCAAUACGGGUCCACUAUCUUAAUAUAACCUGAAAAAAAGUUGAAAACGCGUGUUUAAACAAAACUCGCUACAGCUACACCCCCACCGGCCUUAAAGCAAAUUGGUGACAAAGUGCUUUUACAUGACAUCUUUCAGUAUUCGUCAGAAUGUUUAAAACGAAUUUUGUAUAAAAAUAGCAUAAAAACAGGUAUAAUGUGGUCAUUUGUUUCUUAUCGCGUUACUGUGGCAAUCACGCUGCGAUUACGUCCCUUAGUAUCUAUAGCAAAUGAUCUGAAAGAAUAGUUUCUUAAAACUUAAGCCCUAAAUAUAAGACCUGACAUAACUCAUAUCACUAUAAGUUCAUUUUAAUUGAUAUUUCAUAUUUCUUAUUUUCCACGUUAUGUCAGGUCGUCGAAUAAUGCGCAGUAUAAUUCAUAUCGACGAUUGUUUCUCGGAACCAGCGUUUGUUUACUUAGCUCCGACCGAGGUCAUAAUCUAUAACCACAGGUGUCUGAAGCUCAAUCAAUAAAAUAUAUAUGCAGGUUAGAUCUCUUGAAGUAUAUUAGGUGGGUGGGAUAUGGUAAUGCAUAUAUCUAUUGACAGAGCUUCAAGCGCCUGUGCUAUAACGAAGCGGUCAACGUUGAGUUAGUUCCAUUCAUACGGACAUUUCAUUCAUGGAGGCGAAUUAAUUUACCAUCAUUAUGUAAUAUUUUCCAAUGUUAUCUUUCAAGUAUUUACCGUUAGAAAUAUAAAACAUUAUUAUAACAUGUUUGCGCAAGUAGAUCUAUUGAAACAGGUAAAUUUAACAAUCUUUAUGCAACUCUAUGGCAAAACUGUUUAACGUGGCGGACUAUUUGAAUUGCGCAUGAAAUUAUAUUUUGUGUUGUCAGUCUUAGCACCUGUUGAACUUUACAGAAACUCGAUAUAUGGUUAUAAUAGUCUGUCGAAUAUCGCCAGCCUAAAAAUGCAUUAAGGCCUUAAAGUUCAGAGUGUCUGUCUGGCCGCCUUCGCGAGAGUAUUCUUACAAGCCUCCAAGCUUUAGUGAUGUCGACUUAUCCUCAAUAAACCAGUAGAAAGUAGUAGAUACAAUAUAUAUUUACGUCAUAUACUAUAUGUGCAGACUGAGUUUCUACGACUGUUCUAUGCAUAAUUUUAGUAUACAUUCGUUUCAUCGCAUAUGCGGUAUCGGUUUCAAGUUUAGAUAGAUGUAUCACAGUGUCGUCACUUCAGGUAUUUUUGUGGUCUUUCCCCACUUGUGAGUGGCACAUAGUUAUUGUACCGUUCGUUCGUUUCGAUUUCGUGUCCUGUCUGUAACUGUCAUUCCUGGAUGGAUUUCAAAAAAUGCUUGGCACAAGUGAUCAGUAUGACAUGACGAUUGGUCUCGUGCCAGAACCAUGAAUCUACCCGUCAUACUUUUUGAAUUGUCUACCUUUAUUGAAUGUCCAUCCCGAUGUCGUGUCCGUUCUGUAACUUUGUCGUUCAUUCAUAGAUUUCGAAAAAAACUUUGCAUCAAUGAUCAGCAUGACAUGACCAUGUGGCGCGUGCAAGAAUUUUAAGUUAAUUAGUUCCUCUUACUGUUUGAAUUACCUCCCUUUAUCAAAAGUCCAUCCGGAUUUCUAGUCCGGUCUGUAACUUUGUCACUCAUGAAUAGAGUUCUAAAAAACCUUGGCAUCAAUGACCAGCAUGAUAUUAUGAUCUGUCCUAUGUAAGAAUCAUAACCCUAUCCUUUUUCCUUUUUGAGUUAUAUCCCUUUAUUGAAUGUUCUUGUCCAGUGCAUAACUCUGAAACUACUUUUGGAAAUGUAUGCAAAUUCCAUACAUUGAUAGAGGACGUUUGAUGGAAGUGUAAUGUACAUGAACCAUAACUCUGUCAGAUUUGUUGUUUUUUUUCAGUUGUCUUUUUUAGCUCACCUCAGCACGAAGUGCUCACGAUGAACUGUUGUGACCGGUCAUUGUUCGGCGUCCGUCGUCCGUCGUCCGUCAACAUUUGCCUUGUGAAUACUCUAGAGGCCACAGUUGUAACCCAGUCUUUAUGAAACUUGGUCAGAUUUUUUGUCUGGAUGCUUUAUAGGUCAAGUUUGAAACUUGGUCAAGUGGGGUUAGAAAACUAGGUCACUAGGCCAGAUCAAAUGAAAAUCUUGUUAACACUCUAGAGACCACAAUUUAAGUUUGAAACUCAUGAGAAUUUGUCAGAAUGUUUGUCUUGAAUAUGGGUCAAGAGGCCACUGUUUUGCUCAAAUCUUCCCGAAACUUUGCCAGAAUGUUUGUUUUCAUGAAAGUUUGGACAAGUUCGAAUCUGGGUUAUGUUAGGUCAAAAACUAGGUAACUAGGACAAAUCAAAGAAAAUGCUUGUUUACACUCAAGAGGCCACAUUUAUGGUCCAAUCUUAAUGAAAAUUGGUCAGAAUAUUUUUCUCCAUGGAAUCAUUAGGUCAAACAUGUAUACACUGUUAAUGUAUGUUACGUAGGUGAGCGACCUAGGGCCAUAUUGCCCCCCCCCCCCCUCCCCUGUUAUUGAUUUUUAUAUGAUUUAUAGCUUAACUGAUUAUUGUUACAAUAAUUAAAGAACAUGUUUUGACACAAUUUAGAUAUGAAUAUUGUCUCAGACUUAACACUGGUGUAACAUAUCAGGACAAUAAUGAAAUCAAGUAUUGGACAGUCUUAUUCCCAAGUUCAACUGAAGCCACUGCCAAUACAAUAUUUUCUAUUUAACGAAUGAAAAGAGGACAGUUUUUGGUGCGCCGUGUCUGCAUUUUAGUGGACUUUUAUGACGAUAUAUUUCCAUGAACUGGUUUUAUAAUAUAAGCGUACAUUUAAAUUUCUUUACCUUAACCAUGUUCUGAAAAAAUGUCUAAAUGAAGUCUUUGUAGAAAGUUUCUUUCAAUGAUACAAGACAUUUUAAAAACUUUUCUUCGACUCUUCCUAUGUAUUAUUAAUUUAUGUACGCAUCCUUAUGUUGAUUUAUCUUUAUUUUAUUUUCCAUUAUAAUUUUCAAAUUUCGAUUAGCUUUGGACAACAAAGUUAAAUAAAGAGAAAAUUUGAGUUUACAUGUCCAUAGUCAGAAUUUUUUUUCAAACACGAGGAAUGAUAAAGAUAUAGAAAUCAGAAGCUUUAAUAGAUGAUUUAAUAGAGAAAAUCCCUGUUUCAUGUAAAUAAAAGCAGUUGGGCGUA